UAAUCAGGUUACAAUUUGCCAAUCACCUUUGACCCGAAAGCUGACCUCGCCGAAAGAGCGACUUCUCCACCGAGAAAGAAUUUUCGCAAGUUUGCACCGCCAAAUGUAUACCCAGUUAUCUGUAAAACAAGCUUAGAGAUCACCGACGGAUGUCGCAGGUAUCAAUCUGGUGAAGGUACUACUGCAAACCUUGAAACAUUGCAAUGGUUUUCAUGGAGACCUCCCCACCCCACCCAAGACAUUGUGAUUGUCUUUCCAAAAGAUGGCUACUGUGGAAGAGCAUCUCCGUGGCCUGUCACAAGAGGUGACCCUGGCUGUGUUACCCAGGCUGUAUAUGGAAGAGGUGGUUACAGAACUCAGGAGAAGGAACAUCAGUACAGACACCAGCACCACAGGAAACUGUAGGGAACAUCUGCUGAGGAUCCUGCAGGAUGUGAUGGAACAAGAGUACCACGGGGAGGGCGCGGGGGCAAGCGCCGAUCUGGACAACAGUUUGGACGUACUCCAGAUGCCACAGGUAGAGACCACGCCUGGAUCCAGCCCACAAAACAGUACAACUGUUAUUAGUUUACCUUUGCAGAGAACAGAGGGAACUAGUCAUGUACAGGCCACUCCAUCUGUCCCUUGCAGCCUUUUCAAGUUACAGGCCAUACCUGAAUCUAUUGUACAGAACGUCACAAGUUUGUCAAACUCUAUACAGUUGCCGGUAGAUGCUAUUCAGACACUUGACAGUCUGCCUGCCUCUUGCAGUACUUUUGAAGGUGCAGAAGUGACUGUAGAAUUUGCCAUUGAGGAAGUGGAUCCCACUCAGUACACCAUUGAGAAUAGUAGUAGUGAGGAUAAUGAUGAUGAUGGCAUGGCUACCACUGCUAUACCUGACAGUGCUACGGUUACUGAGAAUAUCGGCUGGAAUAUCUCGUCUAAAGAUGGGGAAGUCGAUGACAGGAUCAAUGAAAGAAAUACAUGUCCUGAUUUGAAUGAUGAAGAACCUUCCUUGCAACAGAAGAUUGCGUCAAAACAGGAGUCUGUUAGUGAAGAAGGAGACAAGAUACUAAAAAGAAAAGCCCGCAAAAGAGCCAGAAGAAGUGACAAACCCUUUAAGUGUGGAGAGUGCAGCUACAGCACAUUUAGGAAAGGAGACCUGGCCAGGCACGAGGUUAAACACACGGGUGACCUCCCCUUCAAGUGUGAUGAGUGCAGCUAUAGCACAGUCAGGAAGUCAGACUUAGAAAAACACGGAAUAGUUCACAUGCAAACAAAGCCAUUCGCCUGUGAGCAGUGUGAAUACAGUACGCUAAAAAAGGGGGAACUUGUCAAACAUAUUAAGGAAAAACACACAGAAGAAAAGCCCUUUACAUGUGACCAAUGUGAUUACAGUACACGUAGGGAAUCACACCUUGUCUCGCAUAAAACAAGACAUACUGGUGACGCGCCUUUCAAAUGUGAUGACUGUAGCUAUGGAACCCUCAGGAAAGCAAAUCUGGCCAGGCAUAAGCUAAGAAUACACAUGGACCCCACUCCAGUCGACAAAUCCUUCAAGUGUACAGAAUGCAGCUAUAGUACAGGAAGAAAAAGAGAGCUGGCCAGGCAUAAGCUAAUACACACAGGCAACAUACCCUAUAAGUGUGACCAGUGUGACUAUGGUACACUGAGAAAAUCAGACCUUGACGCGCACAUGGUCAGACACACAGGCAUCAUGCCUUUCAAGUGUAACGAAUGUGACUAUGGAACAGGGAGAAGGAUAGAUUUUAAAAGGCAUUUGAGGACUCAUACAGGAGAAAAACCCUUCAAAUGUGGGAUGUGUGACUUCAGGGCAGCUAUGAAGUGUAAUGUUUUGAGACACCAGCAGAAAAUGCACAAAGGUUGCAAAAGUCUUCCCAGUACUGUACAUGACAGUCCAAAGGAGAAUGCCAACAUUGACAGACUUUAUAAGUGUAAAGAGGGUGCCUUCAGCACUGCAGAUAAAGCAGACCUUGCUACACACAUUAUUUCCCAUGGAAGUGGGGAACCUAACUUUUCUGACAAGUCUGGGAGGAGAAAUGCUGACCUUACUGAAAAAAUUGAGAACUAUUCAAAGGUUGAAGCUGAAGAUAUAGGUCUUGAUAAGAUGCACACCUCAAAACAAGUAUGCCAAACUGACUCUGUUAGUAACAAUGAAGGUACUGAAGCCAAGGAAGAAGCUGUUAGUGUACAGAAAGAAGAAGAUGAGGCACAAGAGUCUGACACGAGUGAAAGCAACACAUCAACUCUUGAGUCAAACUUCAAGCAGCUUGCUGAACACGAGUCAUUCCAGAACCAAACGACUCAAAGACCUAACUCAAGCAAGGCUACAGAUGUAGAAGACAGCCAGUCUAGGGAUGAAGACGUCUCAAGAUCCUGUCCGACUGACAACAUGGAAAGAGAUGGCAAAGUUGGCCAACCCUUCAAGUGUGAAGAAUGUAGCUACACUAGCUAUAGAAAACAAGACCUUGACAGGCAUAAAGUAAGACACGCCACCGGCAAAGUGUCUUUUAAGUGUGCCGAAUGCAACUAUGUGGCACUAAAAAAAUCAGACCUUGAUAAGCAUAUGGUAAUGCACACCGGUGACUUGCCUUAUAAGUGCGAUCAGUGUAACUACAGUUCAAUGAAAAAGUCAGAAAUCACUAGGCAUAAAGUUGCAGUUCAUACAGGCAAGAAACCUUACAGCUGUUUGCAGUGUGAAUUCAGGACGGCUUAUAAGAUCAAUGUCCUCAAGCAUAUCAGAAACCAUCACAGUUCUGAACGUGGUAGCCCUACGUCUAAAGGUGAAAAUAACAAAGGAGAGAGCUCCAAAGUUGGACAGGGUACAGAGCAAUUGCAAAUGGAGGACAAGAAUUCCGUAAGUAUUGACGAUGCUACAGCAAUCACUGAUGCAGAUGGUAGAAAUUUGAAAGGGAAAGAGGGCAAUGCUCCUGAAGGAUUCAUCCCAGUCAAAUCUGCCAAAGGUAGUCAGCCCCAGAAUAAAGACUCGAAGUCUGGCAAACUCAAAAGAGCUGGCAAGCCUAGAAGUGCAAAUCUCUACCUAUGUGAGAUUUGUGACUAUUCUACGCAUCGCAAAGACUGCCUGGUGAGACACAUGAUCAUCCAUUCCGGAGCAAAACCGUACAAUUGCAAGCAGUGCGAAUACCGAGCUGCCGACAAAUCCAACCUCAUCAAGCACAUCAGGAAACAUCUGAACGUCAAGAAGCAGUACAGAUGUAAGAACUGCGCCUACACCACAACCGUAAGGGCAGAGUUCCUCAUCCACAAGAUGAGCCAUGCAAAGACGUACUCUUGUCCAGAGUGUAGCUACACUUCGAAGAGGUCUUCGUGCGUUACCAGACACAGGAAAACACAUACAGGCGAGAAGCCCUACCUGUGUGACGAGUGUGGGUUUCGAAGUUCGGAUAAUUCCAAUCUUUUGAAACACAAGCAGUAUUACCACCAGUCCUGUGUGUGCGAGGUUUGCGGCUACACCACCACGAAGAUGGCUGAAAUGAAAAGACACAAGAAAAUCCAUAAAAUUCGGAGUCCCGCGAAGGAUCCAGAGCACCGGUCUGCAUUGUUUGAUGAGAAGAGCAACUCGCAGUACAUAUGUGAGGAGUGCGGUUACAAAACGAAUGCCUCUGGUCAUAUGAAAUAUCAUAAAUAUUCGCACACCAUUGACUGCCCGUACGUGUGUGGGGAAUGUGGCUACAGGACACCACACAGAUGGAACUUUGCAAAGCACAAGUUUCAACAUACCGGGGUGAAACCUUACCGCUGUGAUGUCUGCGGGUACCAGACAGCUCGUGCAGGCGACCUUAGGAGACAUGAAAGAACGCAUACAGGCGAGAAACCCUACAUGUGCGGGGUGUGCGACUUCCGCACAGCGGAUAAGUCUACCUUAUCUAAGCACACUGCAAUAAUUCACAGGGCUAACAAAGAGGAUGGAGCAUCAUGAUUAUUGAAUGGACACAUCUUUUGAAACAGUAAAACCUAAGAUUUGUGUAAAAAAAUACUGCCUAGAAAUGCCUUUCAUGCAAUUUAUGCUAUUUUUUUACAUUGCCAAACUCCAAGGGAGUAAAGGCUUGUCUUGUGUGUGUCUUGCCUUGUUUUAGUUUCUGUAUACUGUAAAUGCAGAAAUGUUUCUGCUGAUUUUUGUUUUGUUUUGCAGUGGCCGCUUCACUGUGACCGCAAAAACACCCAAAACAUUUUUCCAUUAAAGUAUGUAGCUACAAGAUAUGGUGCUACAAUGUCCUCAAAACCGCCAUGAACACUCCUGCUACUGUGGAAUUAGAUCCCCACGAACUUUAAUGCACUUACAGCAUGUUCUGCUAGAGUGAGGGGAAAUACUAGACUAAAUGCUGCUGUCUUUGAUUGCCUUGUUUAUCUUUAGUAUUCUGAAGUCUUUUUCUUCCAAACUUAACAGUCAAACUGUAUGUACUUAAUCUGUGGUAACAUAUAGAUGGGUGGUAGUUUUAAACUGCAAUAUCCUCUAAAAUAUUGCAAUUUGAAACUAAUGUUCGUCAAUGUGAUAUUCCAUUCUUCAGUGUUAAUAUUUGCUUUACUGUUUUUGUAACAGAAUUUUUUGUCAGAUCAGUUGUAACAAAAUAGACAAUACUUACCUGUAUAAGUAUCAUAGUUUUUCUGUUUUCCAUAAUACAGCUAGAACUAGGUUCUGUGUAUGGCAUUAUGUAAAAUGUCAGUGCAAAUGUUUUCAUUUUGGUCGGUAUUGAUAGUUUGUAGAUUCAAUGUUGUUACAAGUGAGAUAAAAAUUGUGUUUCCUGUUAGGGUAAGCCCCCCUGCCACUGUUUAUAACAUUGUAGGUGUUGACUGAUUUGUGUCACCUAUGAAGCAAUAAAUCAUUUUUGGGGGAUAUU